AUGCCGAUCAACCGCACACCGCCCUCCACUUCGCCCGUGCCUAUGAGCUCUGAUGAUACAUCACAAUCGCAGACAUCACAGACGCGCGCAAUCGACGCGAUAGAACGGACGACUAAACUUCACAGGGAAUCGGCGCCUGAUAUUCUAUCGCUUACGUUAAAUGUUACUGAGCGUAAAAAAAGGAAACAUGACGGAGUUAAUCCUAACAUUAUGCCUUAUAUGAGUGAAAUGUUUUCAGUUCAUACGAAUGAACAAGCAAAUUUUUCAAAGAUUUACAAACUAUAG